AUGAAAUCCCUUUUCUCCAUUCACUUCACUGAGGAUAAAAACGAUGAAAAGAAAGCUUCGAGCUUGGAUAAAAUGUAUGUUUGCCCGAGUUGCAAGGCGACGUUAACUAAUACGUUGUCACUUGUGGGUCUGAGUUCUUGUGGGCAUGUGUUUUGUAAGAAGUGUGCAGAUAAGUUUAUGGCAGUUGAUAAGGUUUGUUUAGUUUGUAACAAGGCCUGCAAAGAUAGAAAUUUGAUUAAUUUGGAGAAAGGUGGGACUGGGUUCGCGGGUCAUGGGGAUAAUCUUGAAGCUAAAGAUUUUAAGCAUUUAGGAAGUGGUUCGGGAUUAGGGUUAGUGAGACUUAAUAUCGUACAAAAUUGUUUUAACACAUGA